AUGAAAACAGAGGAGAAACCCAUCUUAAACCAUGACAUUAAUGUGGAUCCACGCAAAGAUGGCGACUUUGGCCUCAAGGAUUCAGGAACAAAACACACUGACAUUCCCAAUGACUCACCCAUUGAGGAAGUGAGGAACGCAAUUCCAGCCACUGACGACUCGACGCUCCCUGUCCUAACAAUAAGGACAUGGGUGUUGGGGCCACUCAUGUGCACCAUAUUUUCUAUCAUGUACCAGCUUUCCUCGUAUAGAAGGAGCCACAUGAUCAUCAGUGUGUCAUGCGCCCAGAUAAUACUGCUUCUGGUGGGGAGACUAAUGGCCUCCGCUCUUCCGGCCACGAUCGUGAGGAUCCCAGGGACGAACUGGAAGUUUUCUCUCAAUCCUGGACCAUUCAACAUGAAGGAGCACGCGCUGCUGGUCAUCCUCUCCACGACAGGAUUUGAAUCCACUAUUGCCAUAGGGACCAUCAAUGUCAUCAAGGUGGUAUAUCACAGGAAUAUAAGUGUUUGGGCUUCCAUUUUGUUGGUCAUGACAUCUCAGAUGAUAGGAUAUGGUUUUGCUGGAAUGUUCAGAAGGAUUCUUGUGGACAAUCCUUACAUGUGGUACCCCUUAAUCGUACCACAAGUUUCUUUCUACAGAGCGCUCCAUGACAAAGAACCAAGACCUAGGGGCCGGCUCAGCGGAUUCCAAAUUGUCAUCAUCUGUGCUGUCCUUGUCUUUGCCUAUACCAUCGUUCCCAACUACUUCAUGCAGACUAUCCUCGCGGUCUCAUUCCUCUGCUGGAUCUGGAAAGACUCGGUCACGGUGCAUCAACUUGGCGCGGGUUACAAUGGUCUUGGGCUCGGUUCUCUUGCCCUUGACUGGGAAUCGGCUACAGCUUGGGUGGGCAACCCUUUGAUCUUGCCUAGGUUCACGAUCGUGAACACACUCGCUGGAUUCGUGCUCAUAGCGUAUGUGUGCAUACCGGUGGCCUAUUGGAUGAAUGCGUUUGACUCGAAGAGGUUCCCAAUCUUCGCUCAAAAACCUUAUGAUUAUUCAGGAAAGGAGUAUAAUGUUGAACGGGUUUUUGGAGAAGACUUACAAUUUAACGAGCAGGCGUACAGCGAGUACUCGAAGUUGUACAUGAGCAUCGCAUAUGUCUUCAAACUGGGAUUCACAUUUGCUGCCCUAACCGGAACAGUGACUUAUUUUCUUCUGUUCCACGGAAGGGAGAGCUGGCAGCAGCUGAGGCAGUCGAUGAAAAGCGAGGGCAAGUCCGGCGACAUUCACAAGGAGCUUAUGAAGAAGUACAAGCCGAUCCCUCAGUGGUGGUUCUACACGAUUAUCGUGUCGAUGGUCAUUCUCGGCAUUGUCAAUUGCCAACUCUUUGGCAAAGAAAUCCAACUUCCCACUUGGGCAUUCCUACUUUCCUUGGCUUUACCAUCCAUCCUCAUUCUUCCCCUGGGCAUCAUUGAAGCUACCACUGGCGCUUACCUUGGACUAUCGGUUCUCUCCGACUUGAUCAUCGGCUAUUUAUACCCGGGGAGGCCUAUAACUAGCGAAACUUUCCCAGCCUAUGUUCAAAGCACUAAGAUGCACGCCAUCGGGUUUUUAGCCGAGUACAAGUUAGGACAUUAUAUGAAGAUCCCGCCGAGAUCCAUGUUCCUUAUUCAGAUCUUCGGCUCGCUCCUCUCCAGCUCCGUCAAGCUGGGGACCGCAUGGUGGGUCCUGACAUCGGUCGAGAACAUAUGCGAGAUCGACAAGCUGCCCAAGGGGAGCGUGUGGACGUGCCCGUCACUCCAGCCAACCCUUACCCACACCUUGACAUGGGGCGGGGUCGGGCCGGCGCGGAUGUUCGGGCCGGGGGGAUACGCGGGGCUCUACUACUUCUUCCUGGCGGGGGUGGCGGGGCCCCUGGUGGUGUGGCUAGCAGCCCGUGCCUUCCCGAGAAGGAAAUGGAUCCGGCUCAUCAACUUCCCGGUCAUCUUCAUAUCGGCCUCCUUCCUGAUGCCAGCCAGGCCGGUGCACUACUGGACGUUCUUCGUGCUGGCGGGGGCGUACCACCUGGUGGCCCGGCGGGUGGCGAAGGGGUGGUGGGCCCGCCACGUGUACGACGCGUCCAACGGGAUGGACCUCGGGAACGCCUUCUUCGGGGUGCUCCACACGCUGUGCUUCGGGGUAUCCCAGAUACAGGGGCCGCAAUGGUGGGGCAGGGACUUCGACGAGUUCUGUCCGUUGUCCAUGUGUCCGACCGCGGCGGGCGUCGUCCGCAAGAAGUGCCCCGUCUUCUGA